AUGCCCGACACAAGAGAACCAGCAGUACCGGCUCCCCCGGGCGCGGUAUCCAACCUUGAUAACCCUGAAGAUGUGCUGCAUACGGUAAAUCUCGCCACGCAGGUGGUGUGCAUUAUCGUUGUGACGAUUGCAGUCGGGAUGCGGGUUGCUGUUAAGGUGCGGUUGAGGAAUGGGUUGGGGCUGGAAGAUUAUACGACGAUUACAGGAUGGGUCUUGUUUAUUGCUUUCUGUGCGAAUAUGCUUGUGCUCAAUGCCUACGGUGGAGGAUAUCACGCCUGGGACGUCUCUAAGGACCAGUUCAUCAGCUUCCAAAAGGCCUCCUACGCCGUAACCCUCCUCUACGUCCCAAUGGUCUUCGUGAUCAAACUCGCCCUCCUAACAAUCAUGCUGCGACUCUUCUCCCCAGACCGGCAGAAAGUCAUAAUCAUCUACGCCAGCAUCACAAUCCUCCUGCUGUACUACAUCCCCGCCCUCUUCAUCAAGAUCUUCUUCUGCAAGCCCAUCUCAACCUACUGGCUCGGCCCCGAGGCUACAGGCGGGUCCUGUAUCGACCAGCGCAAUGUCAUCAUCGCCGACUCGGCAAUCAGUAUCGCGAGCGACCUCUGGAUCCUGAUCCUGCCGGUCCCGAUGCUCUGGUCGUUGCAGAUGUCGCUGAAGAGGAAGCUCAGGGUUGUAGGGAUCUUGGGCGCUGGUGGGCUAGCGACUGGGUUUAGUGUUUGGAGGCUUGUGAUGAUGGUGGAGGAGUCUGAGACGGUUGAUACGACGUGGUUUUGGAUCCAUGCGGUUUUGACGGCCAAUGCUGAGGCAGGAAUCGGUCUUAUCUGCGCCUGUUUACCAGCCCUAAGCUCGUACAUUGCGUCUCUCAAAUCCCGCGCGAACAGCAGCUACCGGAGCUACAAGAGCCACGAGUUGAGUAGCUGGAAUAAACUGGGAAGCUCGAAGAAGGGGAGUGGGAAUCACAGCUCUGCGUUUCCGUCAUCGCAGACGGACCAGGCGUGUUUGAUUUCUACGAUUGAGGCGGAGACGCCGACUGAGUUGAGGGAGAGCCCCGAGGAGAGCAGUGGGAAGAGUAGGACUGGGAAUGGGAAUGGACAUGUGCAUGGGAAUAGUGAUGGAGCGGUGAUCCACAAGAAUGUGGUUGUUGAGCAGAGUUAUGAGUAUGUGAAGUAG